GACAGGUCUAAACUAGCAGGACCAUACAUAGAAAAGAUAGACAAAAGGAAUGAGCCAACAGAUCAUUCAACCCUCCACUGCUACAAGAACCGCGCUGAAACCAGGGUACAACCCUUCCCUUGGUCCUAUCCAACUACCGUCUUCAUAUACAUCACAGGUGUCAAAAGCAAAGACCAUCUACGACAAUUCCUUAUCGCGUCGUACGCCAGAGGUCAACAUUGCUUCCCUUUCCUUCCUAUUCAGUGGUAUUGUCCAAUACGUACAGAGUAGCUCAAAGGGUGUUAAGGAACUGGAGGCCAAGUUGAAUGCUUUAGGGUACGGUGUCGGUACGAAAUUCCUCGAGUUGAUUACACUAAGGGAUGGGAAGAACGCCAAAAGGGAGACAAAAGUCAUUGAGAUAUUACAAUUCAUACAUACGCAGCUAUGGAAGACGUUAUUUGGCAAGGUUGCAGACGAAUUGGAGAAGAGUUCUGACUCGGAUCAGGAAUGUAAGUAGCACUGACAAACUUCCCCUGUGAGAAAUCGAUACUAACUAUCGCCCUCCUCCUCGCCCCUGAUAGACAUGAUAACUGAUAAUCUACCACUUAUAUCCCAGUUCAUCUCAGUACCAAAG